AUGGAGAUGAGUAAUACGUUCAACUCACCCAUCCGGCUCCAAAAACUUGAUCUUGAAGUGUCAGAUAACAAGAACGACAACUCACCGUCAGCUGAAGCUGCUCUCUCAUCAUCAACCGUUUCUUCUGACCGGUACUCUUUCCAGGAGAGCGAGGCUGUCGAUGCGGGGCUGUUUAUUGAUACCAGAAGAUCCUCUGAUGGUUCCGUCUCAUCGCAACCUACGCAUCCCUCUAUCCUGCCACCCCCGGCUUUCAACCGCCCAGAGCUGUUCCACUCUCUUCGGCCCAUGGCCAGCACCGAGAGUCUGAAUGUCUCCUUGACGAGCAAGCCUUGCACAAGCUGCUCCGGCGCACCCGCCCGCCGCCGCUGCUCCCGCUGCAAGGCAGCCUACUACUGUGACCGCAACUGCCAAAAGUCGGACUGGAAGACGCACCGCAACGUCUGCGAACCCAUCACCCAGACCUACUCUGCUCCUGCCACGCCAAACUUCUCCAACCCAGCCAGCCCCACCACCGAGAACUGA